CAGACUUUGCUGCAAACUCCGUGUUCGUUUCCUGGCAUUUGACCAAGUCGGUGCAGGUCCUGCUUUCAUACUUAAAACCAAAUAUAUCCGCCAAGCUCAGGCCAACUCUUCAGUGUGGAGCAACAUAUAUUUUGGACUUCAAGCAUCCACAAGCACUUUCUUCCUUCACAUCAACACACCUGCUUCGGUCGUCAAAUACUUUCUUCUGUCGCAUCCAUAUACCUGCUUCUAACAACACUUGCUCGACAACACUUUCCAGAGCUCAGUUGCAAGUCAUCCACGGAUAUCAUCAAAAUGCCACCAGCUACAAAUGAAGAGCAGUUCCGCUUCCUCAUCUCCUGUAUCCGUUGGUCAAACAAUGGCAAGGUUGAUUUCACAGAAGUUGCCAAAGAGUGCCAGGUGGUGAGCAAAGGUGCAGCCGCAAAGCGAUAUGAGCGUAUGAUGCGCGCUCAUGGGAUACACCCCAACGGAGGUCCCGGAAGGGCUCCAACUGCUCGCCAACCAAAGACAGAGCGCAAUGCAGGACCAUCCCCUACCAAGAAAGCAAAGGGAAAGGCCGCUGCGUUUGAUGAGAGCAUGAACGUUGACGACGACGAGGAGCCGGCGGGCAGCGACAACUUCAAGGCGGAGAACAGUCAGGAUGAGGAGCUUCUCGUCAUCAAGUCCGAGCAGUUCUACGAAGUCCCAGACCUCCAAGAUGAUUGAGGGGUUGGAAAGGUGAUCGGCUGCCGAGUUGUGGCUCACAAAAUUUCCCAUCCAUGCAAAUGUUUCUAUGAUUUCAUGGUUUGAGUUGAGGGGUGGGAAAGUUGACCGGGUGCCGAGUUGUGGCUCACAAAAU